CCACACAUUUUUCUGCCGCGGACAACGUUGUGUCGAACCCGCGUCGGUCUUCGAUUUAAUUAAUGAGAAAGUCGGAAGAAUUAAGCCAAGUAAAUAAAAACAUAAAGUAACUGAUACCCAAGUGAAGAGGUUUCGGUGUGCUUAAGGCUAGAAUCAAGUAAAUAUUCGAAUAGCGAGUGCGUCGUACUCUCGGAAAUGAAUCCAGAGAGCGUGUGAGCAUAAAAUCUCGGCAAUAACAAAAAACAUACAUAUGCUUGUGGUUAUGAUUGAAAUGUACCUAAGAAUGGAUCUUAGGCGCUUGAUAAAUGAACAAGUUGAUUGUUAAGUGCAAAACUAAAGCUACAACAUUCUCGAAAACAAACAAAUAACAACAAAUAUCGUCAAAUCAGAAAUUCAUUCUCGUUACGUUCAGUGUUGUUGUCAAUGAGUGUGGCUGCGUUUGUGUGUGUGUAUGUAUGUGCAUGCCGCCACCGCAAUUGAAGAAAAAUACACCAAUACCAAGGCAGUGAAUAAAAAUACAUCAUAGCUGUGUGUGUCGGUGAGCAGCGGUGACGUCGCAGCCAGCAGGCAGUCGGGGGCAGCGCGCAACGCCAGCGUCAGCAUCGAACGUGUUAAAGUGACGAAUAAACAACCGAAGAAUCACAUCGCGCUAAAGCAGGAGAUAGACAAACAGAACGGUACAGACAGCCGAACAUUUGUACAUUUCUUUCACACAUACACCGACCCGACCCACUCGUAUGCAUAUGCAUACCCCGACGUAAUAGUUGCCGCCGCAGACAUUAAGGCUCUGCUCUGCCCUGUCUAUCCCACUCGCGCUCUUGUUUACACAAACGCCCACAUCCCGACACCAUCGCAAUCACCCGCAACCUCCAACCCCCCGUUGCGCUUAUAUUGUGAAUAGCGACGACGACAUCAUGCGUGGGAUCAUCCGGCAGCACUCGGAGAACCGAGGACGCUUCGCAACACUAGUCCGUGCCAGCGUCGCCGAGUGACAGCCGCAGGAAUAACGGCUCUUUGAAUGUGGCCAGACAUUUGGAAAUUGACGAAUUUAAUAAAAGCAACAACAAAAUGCACGUUUCGGCCAUAAAGAAUGGCGGCGAACAACAGCGGGAGAAUUGGAGUAGAUUUGAUAACAAUGCCACAAGCAGUGGCCGGGGCAGUGGCAGUGGCAGUCGGAAGUUCAUAUUGUCAGGCCUCGCUUCGCUGCUGCUGGGCACCAAGUGGCGACGACGCCGCAGACGGCGCAAACACAACGACAAUGCCAGCGACGACGUUGAAGCAGAAACAGCAACAGCAACAACGAAUCGCAAUAAUGAUAAUUGCAAUUAUUCUACAACCAAUGAUUUCAAUAAAAUCAAUAAAUUGCUGCUAAUUACGUACAUUCUACUGAUAACAGCGAGCACAAUUUGUCAAAGCUCCGCACAGGCGCCGGCAUCGUCGUCGGCAUCGGCGUUGGGGCCGCCGUCCGCAGCAUCCGCUGAUGGAAUGGGCGCGGCAUCGCCAUUGAGUGCCUUCCUAAAGUCGGGCGGUGCCUCCUACAAUAACAAGUUGCCGCAGCAACAGCUCUUUGCCAUGCUGGCCAAGAAUGCGGCUGGCGCUGGAGCGGGAGGAGGCGGCUACACCAAUCCAGGCCUGGCCUCGGCCCGCCAGCACUUCAUGUCGCUGCACGAGGACGAGUCCGACGGGGAUGUGGACGAUGAUGAUUUGGCCGCUCUGCAUGUCCCACUGGCGGCAUCGGCAACAUCCCCACAGCAAGUCUCCUCCAUUCAAUCCGCUUCGCUGGAGACAAACGGAUUCGUGGCUGACGAUGGCGGUCAGUACGAGCAGGCGGAGAAGGCGCUGGCAGCCGCCGCGGCAGCGUCCAACGCGAACCACAACAACAUCAACUGCCCCAAGGAGUGCAAGUGCCUGAAUAUCCUGUUCGACUGCGACAAGCUGCAUCUGGAGAGGGUGCCCGUCCUGCCCAACUACGUGCAGACUCUGCAUCUGGCGAACAACAAGCUGAAUGACACGACUGUGCUGGAGAUACGCAAUCUGUCGAAUUUGGUGAAGGUCACAUUGAAACGCAACCUGCUGGAGGUAAUACCAAAGUUUACGGGGCUGACUGGACUCAAGCACUUGAUAUUGGCAAACAAUCGCAUUCGCAGCAUCUCCAGCGAGGCUCUGGCCGUGCUGCCCAUGCUCAAGACUCUGGAUCUGUCCAGGAACCAAUUGCACAGCAUCGAGGCCAACUCAUUUCCCCAGUCCACGCGUCUGGCCCACUUAAUACUCAACUGGAAUGAGAUAGCCAAUGUGGAUGAGCACUCGUUUGCGGCAUUGAACAACCUGACGGACCUGGAGCUGAACAACAAUCGCUUGAGCAGCCUGCCGGUGGGCGUGUUCAAGAAUCUCAGCCGUUUAAAGAAGCUAGCUUUGAGCUACAAUCGUCUGGAGAUCAACUGGUCCACGUUUCGGGGUCUUUUGUCGCUGCAGAGGCUUCAGCUGAAGUCAAACCAAAUCCGAUCGCUGCAGGACGGCGUCUUCUAUGUCAUGCGGAACAUCGAGAGCAUCGAGCUGGAUCACAAUCAAAUCAGUUCGCUCUCCCGCCAGGGCUUGUUCAACCUGACGAAGCUGCACCACCUCUCGCUGUCGAACAACUCCAUCUCCCGCAUCGAGCUGGACACCUGGGAGUUUACCCAGUCGCUGGAGUCGCUCGAUCUCUCCCACAACUCCAUCAGCGAGUUCAAGCCGCAGCACUUGGACUGCCUGCAGCGCUUGAAGCAGCUCAAUUUGGCCCACAACAAGCUGCAGUAUCUGCAGGAGAACACCUUCGACUGCGUGAAGAAUCUGGAGGAAUUGAAUCUGCGUCGCAAUCGUCUGUCCUGGAUCAUUGAGGACCAGAGUGCCGCUGCGCCGUUCAAAGCGCUGCGCAAGCUGCGACGCCUCGAUCUGCAUGGCAAUAAUCUGAAGCAAAUCAGUGGCAAAGCUCUCAGUGGCCUCAACAACCUCGAGCUGCUGAACCUCGGCUCGAAUGCGCUAGCCAGCAUCCAGCCCAAUGCCUUCGAGCACAUGCUCCGACUGCAGAAGCUGAUCUUCAAGUCCCUGAACUUCAUUUGCGACUGCGAACUCAUCUGGUUCCGCCAGUGGCUGCAGAGUCACUUUGCCCUGCAGUCCGCCCAGUUGCUGGGCAACGUGGUCUGUGGCUACCCGGAGCACCUGCUGGAUCGUCAACUGAACACGCUGACCAAUGCGGAGCUGGUGUGUGCUGACUCCCCAAAGCCAAAGCUCGAGCAGGAGCCGGACAAUAUGCUGGCCGUGAAGGGUGCCAACAUCACACUGGAAUGCAUUGCCAGCUCUCCCACAGCCGCCUCACUGGCAGCCGCCGAUGAGCUGAAGAUCAAGUGGCGCCACGACAAUCAGCACAUUCAGGAACGUCCAGCGGCGCUGCACGAUGGAGCCAGCACGGAGACACAAAUCCGACACGACCAGAGCACCAAUCAGACCUCCAUCUAUGGAUAUCUACGGCUGACAAAUGUGACCUACGAGAGCGCUGGACGCUUUCAGUGUGUCGUCUCGAAUGCCUUUGGAACGACCUACGCCCAAAAGUUCAAGAUUUCCAUAGGAAUUCAUCCCAGUUUCCUGCACGUGCCCUCCAACCUGACACUGGAUGCGGGCGAAACGGCCAGACUUGUGUGCUCCGCCAGCGGCGAUCCCAUGCCGGAGAUAGCGCUGCAAAAGUUUGGGGCCAGCGACUUUCCAGCGGCCACAGAGCGGCGCCUGCAGGUGAUACGCGAGGAGAACGCUUUCCUCAUAACCAACGCCAAGCCCAGCGACUCGGGCAUCUACACGUGCACGGCGGAGAGCGCUGCUGGCGAGAUCAAAGUGAACGCCACGCUGAUGGUGAAUGACAAACCACAGCCCAGCAUUCCGCUGGUGCAUCAGGAGGUGGUUGUGGGGCGCACCUGUGUGCUCGAGUGCCUGAGUGAGGCGGCGAAUGCAGACCUGGAGCUGGAGCAUCCCCACCGCGAAUGGUUCAAGGAGAACAAACCGAUCCACAUCUCCCCAACGACGCCGGACGGAGAGCGCUACUACUUUACGAGCAGCAAGGAGCUGCUCGUGAUUCUGAAUGCCCAAUCGAACGAUGCGGGACACUACCGCUGCGAGAUUACGGACAAUUCGCGCACUCUGACGCUGCAGUCGGAGCUGGUGGUGGUCAAGGAGAACCUCAACUGGGAUGUGCUGCUGAUGGGCAUUGUUCUGCUGACUGUGACCUGCGUCCUGGUCGACUGCUGCAUCAUUUGGUGCACCCUGCGCUACCAGAAGCGAAAGUUUCUGCUCAGCCUUGCUGCCGAACGGCUGGCAGCACGCACCCACGCCAGUCAGCACUCCACUCUGGACAAGGAUCAAACCCAUUUGACUACGUUGAAUCGCACCAUGCUGCGGCCCCACCAGUCCCAGCUGGUCCUAGAUGGCAUUCCCUCCCAGCAGCAGCAGCAAACGCAGCUGCGGCCUCGCAGUCUCGCAGAUCUGGGGUGCGGCGAUGGCCAGGGCGGGGCGCACAGUCGUCUAAUUGUGACCACAACGCCUUCGUACGAGCAACGCUGCCUGGAGCAGGGUCUGACGCUCAGCUAUCUGCAGCAAACCGACUUGGACGCGCAGCAGGAUCAUCUGUCCAGCAAGGAUUCGGGCACGGGCUCGGAUGCGGCCGUGAAGCGCAGUCUGGAGGAUUUCGUUGUGGCCAUGAGCAGCAGGCACAAGAACCCGCCGCACACAGACGACGAGGAGGAUGCAGAUGGAGACAACGAUCUGCAAUAUGCUCCCACCCGAGCUCUGGGCAUCUCAGAGUACGACGACAUGGAGCUGUUCGAGCUGAACCAUUCGGCGGCCGAGCAGCAGCAUUUCCUGCAAAACAACAAUCAUAACUACGACGGGGGCGGUGGUGCAAGGGCAGUUGAAGGUGCAAACGGUGCUGUGGCUGGAGCAGCACCCAAAGUGCUGCCACGCAAGUGCAGCGCUGGUGCUGGUGCUGGUGCAGGGGUGAGUGGCAGUGCCGCCAGCAGCUACAAUGCCAUUCAGCAGGCCACCACAGUGGACAUCUAGGAGAAGGCUAAACCAAAUGAAGAAAGCAGGAAAAACUAUACCAAAAAAUACAAGUGGCUGCCCCACCGCAACCCAAGCACCCCUAAGCCCACUUCCCCCUCCCCAAAAUGAACAAAGACUGUUUAAGCCGUAAUUUGUAAUGUGUAAAAUCCCACACUCUCCACUCCCAUGGAGGAGCGAGAGCGAACAAGAGAGAGUGAGAGGAGAGAGGAGGCCUUAUCUAUUGCCUAUGCUAUUGAUUGCUAUGCGCUAAGCUACGCUAUGUACGACAGCUAGAGAAACAUACCAGUGUCUUCGUAAUUUAUGAAAAUGAAUCAUCCAAAUGGAUUUAACUAUACUUAUAACCCCUCCACCCCCCUAAUCGAUAAUCAUCUGUAUAGAGAGACAGCAGCCGUUUCGUAGGACAUACCCAUCGUGUAUUUUAUAAUUUUGUUUCGCUUGUGAUAUUAUUUUUUAUUUUUGAUUGCCCGAGUUUUAAGCGUAACAUAACACACCACCCACACCUAUACCCACACACACAUCCAUUACCCUGACUCUGUAUAUAUCACACACAUAAUACAUAGUUCUAGUAGCUCUAACUCUAAACCACAAUUAGUUCGAUAAGUUCUUUAUGCCCACAAUCCACACUCUGCAUUGAUGGAGUGGCGCUGGAUGGGCGACAGUGCGUGUACCAUUGAAGGAUAUUUUGAUAAUGGAUAAUCAUCUAUCUACUCGUAAUUUUUGUUGCAGAAAAUUGAAAUUUAUUUGCCUUAUGAAUGGAAUGGCCUUGACGAAAUCAUUGAUUUGAAAUUGAAUUAAAAUUGAAGUCAAAUGUUAAUUAAA